UUGGCUGCUCUAGUUGUAAUCUUAGGUUUAUUGCUAGUUUUCGCCGUUUUGAAGUUUUCCAAAACGAGUAGAAGCGUUCCGAUCAACGAUAAGCCCUCUCAACAUUAUGGAGCUCCUAAUGUGAUCUAUGCAAUUCCUUCGAUGAUACCCAAUCGCCCUGAUUCGGUUGUCUAUUAUGCGCCAAGUGCUCCUCUGACGAAAAUGGAACUACCACCUCAUUUGUCAAAAAUGGAAUUACCACCUCAUCUAAUCUCCUUGAAACCACUACCAGUUGGACAACAUUUUACAACCAUGCCAAUCAGCCGGCCAUUAAUCCGCCCACAACUGCCAGUCUUUUCUGCUUCACCAACUCCCUCCCAACUGCUCUAUUCAUUCGAUUACGAACCUAUUUAUGACGUUCCACCUGAUGUGGGAAAGUCUGAGAAUACACCCGACGAGAACAUCUAUGAAAAACUGCCAGAUGUUAGGCCACAACCCUAG